GCCAGGACCGUACUGUGAGCAUCGAGGGUGUGGUUUCUUAUUCCACGUUAACAUUUCUAACGUGAACAGAGUCUGUUUAUAGCUCGUAUAUCGAUAUACUCUUGUCAGUUGAAUUUUGAUAAGGUGUAAGGAUACUAAGUAAACAAAGAUAACGAUAGAGAUAGAGGAAGAGAGAGAGAGAGAGAGAGAGAAAGAAAAAGAGAGAGAAAAAGAGAGAGCUAGAAAGAGAGAAAGAGAGAGGGAGAGAGAGAGAGAGAGAGAGAGAGAGAGAGAGAGAGAGAGAGAGAGAGAAAGAGAAAGGGAGAAAGAGAGAAAGAAGAUAGACGAAAGGAAAACAAGAAAUAGAAAAAGAGAGAGAGGCAGAUAGAUAAGAAGAGGGUUAGACUGUAGGUAGUCGUGGCUCUCUUACGGCAGUACUUGGAUACACGUAAAGAAGAGCUCGUUCUUCAAGGUCGGCGGGCACGCGCGAGAACUCCUACUCUAGCGGUGGGGGUAUCGGAUCAGUGAUAUGACCUUAGUGGGACUGAAGCAAGAGAACCCGAACGUACUGCCCAUCAUGCUGAGCGUGCAGCAGCAGCAUCAUCAUCACCAUGGUCUUCAUGUAUCUACCGCAGGCUCUGUGCAAAACCAUCGUGGCAAUGUAAUUGUCUCAACUAGCAGUAUGCCAAAUAACGAUAUAAAGGGCUUACAGCAGCACGCUUGUAAACGGUCAAAAAUGUACGGACAAACAACAGGACCUUAUGGAGCUGUUCCUCAUCAGCCGGCUUCGGUGGCGAGACGAAAUGCGCGCGAAAGGAAUCGCGUAAAACAGGUGAAUAAUGGAUUCGCUACUUUAAGACAGCAUAUACCUCAGAGUGUCGCUCAAGCAUUGGGUGGAAGCACGACUGGGACUCAUGGUGGUUCUAGAGCGGGUAGCAAGAAGUUGUCCAAAGUUGAGACACUUAGGAUGGCAGUAGAAUACAUCAGAAGUCUACAACGUCUCUUAGAGGAACAUGACAACGGUUCGGACAUUUCUUCUUCGACUGUAUCCGCGUCAUCAACCACCUCAUCAACGUCACCUGCCGCGUGUAGUCCUACCGGUGGACUCGGUACUGACUCCAAUCAUCGUGCAUCCGAACUCAGACUAUGUGGUAACGACGUGCGACAUCACACUAGCCCUCAUCAUACCUCAGAUCUUCACAGACAUCAACAUAUUAGACAAAAUCCCAGCCCAACUUUUGUACCAGCACCUUGUUCAGAAGCUUCGAGUUCACCCACGCCGAGUUUCGUCUCGGAAACAUCAUCAGCCGGUAGUCAAGGUUAUGGAACGUCCUCGGGUAAUCUUUAUGCUUCUCACCCCGACGAUUACGAUUACAACGAGCCGAUGAGGCCCGAGGACGAAGAUCUUCUUGAUGUCAUCUUCUGUUGGCAGCAGAGUUAAUGAGACAACAAACGAUUUCCCGAUGAUACUUCCGUAUAGUCCUCGAG